CUCCUCCGAUCUUUUUUUUAUCUUUCUGUUUCUUUCUCUCCCUCUCUCUCCUUUUGCUCUUAGCAUUCAACUCGUUCAAUUCUCUCAUUCAUCCACAGUACAUUCACUCUCUCACUCUCAUUCUCAUCGUCAUACUUAUCCUCAUUCCCAUCUCUUUUACUGCUUCCAUCCUUUUUUUUUUAAUAGUUUUACCGUCUCUUUUUAUCCUCUUACUCGCUUCUAUCUUCCCCACUCUGACGCAGGCACGGAAGAAGAGAGAGUCUGAGUGAGUGAGUGAAAUUGUAUGCAAGGAGAGCAACGAUAAUAGUAGCAAUCUUAUCGCACUAAAAAAAAUUUUCUGCUUGCUCAACCGUUCAACUGUCUACAUUUUGUGCUCAAUGCUCCGUCAGAGUCGCCCUCAUACUCCCCCCACUUCUACUAAUAUCAAUGUUGGCCCGAGAAAUCCCUCCCCAGGUCAACAAGCAACUCCCCAUCCUUUCCUUCAGUCACCUACACAUGCACGCUCCAACUCCGGCACUAUGAUAUAUCCCCCAUUUUCGCCUUCAUCACAGCCACGCUCUUCGCACACAAUCUCAAAAGACGCGUCCUCUUUCAGGAAGGACCCUUCAGCUCUAUUAACAUCGGCUGAAACGGCAACAGCAGCACAACCUUUGUCAUCAGAACCAGAGAGAUCAAGUAUGCUUUCAUUUGCAGCUGGAUACAGUUUACAUUUACAAGCAAUAGUGUCGCCUACCAUUGCCAAGCCUAUAGCUGUCUAUCCUCAGGAACACCCACAACGUAAACGGUUUUCACCACGCUUUAGUGGCUCUUCAGUGUCCUAUACAACAUAUUCGUCUGCGCUUGCUUUAACAUUCCACCAGCAGCAGCAACUAUUGCAGCAGCAUCAACAACAACAGCAGCAGCAACGCAAGUGUCACCAUCCAUUGGUUGACCGUUUAGAUAAACAUAGUGACAACAGCCUACCAAGUUGUGACCCGCACCAACACUAUGUUUAUAAUCUCGACAACCGAGCACAACAUCGUCAUACCUACACUUCUCCACCUUCGCCUUGUACUGCUCUUGACGCGUCGUCAUGUCACUGUUCGCGACCAAGUCGAUGCUCCCACUCACACUCAUACCCCCAUCCUCCGUCUCAAUCCUCAAUCCCUUCAGGCAACAGUGCCAGUCAUGUCAGCAUAUCGUCCUCUUUAAGCGUUGCAUCUGCCUCAACAGAGACAAACUCCGUUGCAUCAGCCACUACGGGCAUGGAUCAAUGCUCCCCCAUCCUUUCUCAUGCUAUUACGGCUGCAUUAUCAGACGUGAUCCUCUUGGGAAAGCCGGCAGCAGCGACAGCGCUAGUUGCGGAUCACCAUGCAGUGUCCCUUAAUUCACAAAUGCUUGAUUUUAAUUCGCCUGUGGAGAACGGACUUGUCUCUGUGCCCUCCUCACCCCAUAGUAGUACCAGGACACCGUCUCCUAUGCGAAGUAGAAGGACGUCUUCGUCAUUGGCUUCACCGUCUUCAUCUGCUACAUCCGCUUUAUCUGUUGAGGAUAACGAACGGGACUAUGAAUGUUGCUACAACGACUCUGUAUUGUCGUACUCUUCCUCAGCUUCCCUGCCACUUAAACCGUACCUGAAAGGGCCCGAUACUUUGUUGAUGCAAACACAACAAACACAGCAUCAGCAGGCACGUCAACAAAGACCCAGCAAACAAGCACGUUGUCAUAAUCAUCAUCUCCAAAGACGUCAUGCACAGCAAGCGCUAGCAGCACAGAGUCAGGGACAACAAUACGUAUCUUCAAAAAUGGUUCCUUCAGGCACCUAUAAGCGUUCCUGUCCCUCACCAAACUCACCACAGGCGAUUGCCCAAAAUUCUACUCGUUACAUCCGGUUCCUGUGGCUACCCUUGUUGCCACUGCUAAUCCUUGCAUUAGGCCCAACUUCAACCAAAUUUGAGACCCCUACCAGAUAUGCUGUAUAGUUUUUCUUAUUCCCUACUCUCUUCUUCUCUACCUUCACAUUGCAUCUACUAAUCCUUUUUGAUUUAAUCCCAUAACCACUGUAUAAUCUCUUCAAUUUUACACUCGGAAAAAAAAAUACCCUCUUUAUAUUUUCUCCCUGCAUUACACCUUUAUAUUAUUGCUCGUGAUUUACUUUACUACUAUUCC